UCGGCAGCGGUGUUACUGGCCACCUGCGGCGCCCGGGCCUCGCGCCUUUGAAAGGAGAGGAAGAAGAAGCAGGAGGAGUGAGAGAAGAGGCUUCGUCGUGGAGCGAGCCGAGUGAGCAUGGCUAACCAGGACGGUAACAACACGCCUGGGUCGGCUAGUGGACCUGGGCAACAGCACCCUGCAUUCUCUAACCCUCCCCCCAUGGUACCGCCACCCUUUAUGCCACCUCCAGGGAUUCCUCCCUUCCCUCCGAUGGGCAUGCCACCGAUGGGACAACGGCCCCCCAAUAUGCCUCCCAUGCCGCCUGGCAUGAUGCCUCCUAUGAUGCCACCCAUUGGAGGGCCCCCACCUAUGGGCCAGAUGCCUGGUAUGAUGCCGCCUAUGAUGAUGAUGCAGGGAAUGCCAAAUAUUCCUCCCAUUGCAGCUGCGGGGUCUGUAACACCCACUGAUACAAGUACUGGACCGGGUGCUCCAGCUGUCCAGGCUGUGAAUCCUGCGGUAGCUGCAAUACAGCAGUCUGCAUCUGCAGGAAACUCUCCAGCACAGCAAGAGACUCAAAAAAAGAAAUCAUUAUGGACAGAGCACAAGUCUCCAGAUGGACGGACCUAUUUCUACAACAGCGACACCAAACAGUCCACCUGGGAGAAGCCCCUAGAACUCAAAUCCCCUGGAGAGAUGCUGGUGGCCUCAUGCCCUUGGAAGGAAUAUAAGUCUGACACAGGCAAGCCUUACUUUUACAAUGCUCAGACGAAAGAAUCUCGCUGGACCAAACCCAAGGAACUUGAAGACCUGGAAAAUAUGAUAAAGGCCCAUGAAGAUUCUGGGGGGCAGAUGGAGCUGCCCGUUCCAGCGGCUGUCACGACUGUGCAGGCGGCCAGCGGCACACCCGGCUCCACGGGCACGAGCUCCCCUGUGGAGAAUGGUGCGUCCCCCUCCGCGGCCGGAACCACAUCCGCCCUGCCGCCCUCCGCAGAUGGCACGCCACAGCAAGACGGUGUUUCUCUCGCUGCUGGCGGCGCAGUCACAGCCACUGCCUCUGCCAAUGCAGUUGCCAUGGGGAAUGCCACCGCAACUGUUCCCCCUGUCAUGGGAACAGUUAUUGGAGCGCCGACUGGAAUGGUCGCCGUGAUACCCGGUGAAGUCGUUCCAGGUGCAGAAGCUAUUGUGGAGCAAGUGAUUGGCAGUGUUGUGAAAGAGGAUGGCAGGAAGAAAAAGGAGAAGAAAGUCUACACCUGGAACACCAAAGAAGAGGCAAGGCAGGCCUUUAAGGAUCUUCUGAAAGACAAGAAAGUUCCUGCAAGUGCAUCGUGGGAGCAAGCCAUGAAAAUGAUCAUCAAUGAUCCCAGAUAUAGCGCCCUGCCUAAGCUGAGUGAGAAGAAGCAGGCAUACAACGCAUACAAGACCCAGCGAGACAAGGAGGAGAAAGAGGAAGCACGGCUCAGGGCCAAGGAGGCCAAGGAUCGGUUGCAGCGUUUCCUUGAGACACAUGAGAAGCUCAACUCGUAUGUGAAAUACAGGAAGGCAGAGCAGAUGUUCGGGAGCAUGGAGGUGUGGAACAAUGUGCAGGAGCGGGAUCGCAACGAGAUUUAUGAGGAUGUCAUCUUCUUCCUGGCCAAGAAGGAGAAGGAGGAGGCCAAGCGUCUACGUAAGAGGAACAUCCAGGCACUCAAGAGCAUCCUUGACAGCAUGACAAGCGUCACAUUCCGCACCACCUGGUCCGAGGCGCAGCAGCACCUUAUGGACAACCCCACGUUCGCGGAGGACGAGGAGUUGCAAAAUAUGGACAAGGAAGAUGCACUGAUAUGCUUUGAGGAGCACAUCCGUGCACUGGAGAAAGAGGAAGAGGAGGAUAAAGAAAAGGGCCGACUGAGAGAGCGCCGCAUGCAACGCAAAAACCGUGAACUGUUCCAGCUGUUUUUGGAUGAGUUGCACAACAAUGGGAAGCUGCACUCCAUGUCUACAUGGAUGGAUCUGUACCCGGCCGUCAGUGCAGACAUUCGCUUUUCCAGGAUGCUGGGGCAGCCUGGUUCUACACCACUGGAUUUGUUCAAAUUCUACGUGGAGGACCUCAAAGCUCGCUACCAUGAGGAGAAGAAAAUAAUCAAGGAUGUGCUCAAGGACAAGAACUUCAUGGUUGAGGUGAAAACGACGUUUGAGGAGUUUGCAUCCCUCAUCAGCUCUGACAAGCGUGCUGUAACACUGGACGCAGGAAACGUGAAGCUCGCGUUCAACAGUCUGAUUGAGAAAGCGGAGGCGCGUGAGAAAGAACGCGAGAAGGAGGAGGCCCGCAAACAGAAAAGAAAGGAGGCUGCAUUCCGCAACAUGCUGAAGCAGGCGACCCCUCCUCUGGAACACGACUCCAAGUGGGAUGAUGUGAGCAAGAUUGUCGCCAUUUCCACAGUUAAUUGUCUAAUCCUUGCCCCAAGACGAUUUGUUGGCUGCAUGUCAAUUUAAUGUGUCAAAAGUGUAACCAUGCUCAACUGAUCUUGAUGCAGUGCUUAAAUCUGUUGGUGGUGAUAGCCAAUUUUUGAAAUUCCACAUUACUCUGGUUGGAGGUACUUUAUCAAUGGGAUGAUCACUUCACUUUCCACAAUGUGCUGAAAGUUGAAUGCGGCCGCUAGUAAAUUAGAAAUGCUGUCCUUUAUAGCUUUCUCAUACUCACAU